AUGAUGGGGCCAUGGGUGGAGGAGGCUGGCAGGAUCCUGGAGGCAGGUGGCCAGAUCCCCAGGGUCUCCACAGCCCUGAGCUGUCUCCUGGGACUCCCAUUGCAGGUGCAGAAGAUCUGUGCAUGUUGCAGCACCCCAGGCCUGAGGCCUCCACAUUUAUCUGGACUGGAAAUGAUUGGAGAUUUGUGUGAUGGUCAACUGGAGGGGGCAGAAAUUUCCUCAACAAAAAUAACCUUUAUGCCAGAGAAGAUCAAAGGCAAAGUCCACACAGCAGAUAUCAAGACAGCAGGAAGUAUAUGCCUCUUGAUGCAGGUUUCAAUGCCCUGUGUUCUCUUUGCUGUUGCUCCAUCAGAAAUUCAUUUGAAAGGUGACACUAAUAUUGAGAUGGCACCACAGAUUGACUACACAGUGCUGGUAUUCAAGCCAAUUUUUGAAAAAUUUGAUUUCAAACUUAAUUGUGACAUUAAAACAAGGGGCUAUUACCAUUACCCAAAAGGGGGUGGUGUAGUGAUCAUUCAAAUGUCACCAAUAAAACAAAUGAAUCCAAUAAAUUGAACUGAUCGUGGCUCCGUGACUAAGAGAGAUGGAAGAGCUUUUGUUGCUGGUCUUUUGCCAUUUAAAGUAGCAAAAGAUAUGGUAGUGGCUGCUGUACGAUGCAUCCGAAAGGAGAUUAGGGACCUAUAUGUGAACAUUCAGGCUGUCCAGGAAUCCAAGGACCAAGAGUUUGGCAAUGGAAAUGGAAUAAUCAUUACUGCUGAGACAUCUACUGGCUGUUUGUUUGCUGGAUCAUCUAAAUGGGGUGCUAAUGCAGACAAGGUUGGAAUCAAAGCUGCCAAAAUGCUAUUAGCAAAUCUUAGACAGGAUAGUGUGGACAAGUAUCUGCAAGACCAGCUGGUUGUUUUCAUGGUGUUAGCGAAUGGAGUUUCCAGAAUAAAAACAGGACCUGUUAUACUCCAUACACAAAUAGCUAUUCAUUUUGCUGAGCAACUAGCAAAGGCUAAAUUCAUUGUGACAAAGUCAGAAGAUGAAGAAAAUGCAUCUAAAGACACUUAUAUUAUUGAGUGCCAAGGAUUUGGAUGA